AUGAAGACUACUUUAUUUGUUUUGCAACCUACAGGCUCAAAGGGUCCAAGGGGGGUGCCAGGAGAUUCGGGGCUUGAGGGUUGGCCUGGUUCACCAGGGUUUAAAGGCAGCACUGGUGCUCCAGGCAGGGCAGGAAUACAAGGACCUCCUGGGUACCUAGGGAUCAAAGGUUUUCCUGGUCCAAGGGGAUAUCCUGGACAUGAUGGAGAUCUGGGAAAUCAAGGGCCAAGGGGACAAUCGGGUAUCCCAGGGACACCAGGAUUUCCAGGAGCAAAAGGUGAGCCAGGACAAUCUUAUGGAAAACCUGGUCCACCUGGACCCAAAGGAUUGCCAGGGGAGGAUGGACCCAGUGCACUAAGAGGGAGUCCAGGAGAUCCAGGGGACCCAGGACCACAGGGAAGGUCAGGACAGCCUGGACAAAGAGGCGUGGUUGGUGGACCAGGAAGACUAGGAGUACCAGGCUUCCCUGGACCUCGUGGCCCAUCAGGUUGUCCAGGUGUUCCAGGUUUUCCAGGCGAUUAUGGAGGUCUGGGACCCCCGGGCCCACCGGGCCCAUGUGGGCCUCCAGGCCCCCCUGGACCACCGGGUCUGGAUGGGCUGGAUGGGCUUAGAGGUCCAAAAGGGAUGAAAGCAGCAAGUGGCACAGGUAUACCUGGCCCUCCAGGACCAGAUGGUUUUGCUGGAGUCAAAGGUCUGAAAGGUCAGCAAGGGCCUCCAGGAGCCAUUUUUCCGGGGCCCAAGGGCCAGAGGGGCCCACCUGGCGUCACAGGUCUUCCAGGUCUUCCAGGUUUCCCAGGUGGACCUGGUUACCCUGGCAGAGAAUGCUACAAGCCUUUGCCAGAACCAACAGGAGACCUAGGAUAUGAAGGACCUCCAGGACCCCCAGGUCCUCCUGGGGAGCAAGGCCCUCCAGGCAGCAGCAUUUUCACCAAAGGAGACCCAGGCCCAAUUGGCCUCCCAGGGUUACCAGGUCGUAAGGGAGAUGUUGGCCCCCCAGGGCCUACUGGGUCUCAACACUACCUAGGCUUUUCAGGACCAAAAGGUGCGAGAGGUCCCGAUGGUUCUGGAGGUCCCCCCGGACCCAAAGGUCAGACUGGGGUCCCUGGACCUUGGGGCCGCAAGGGAGUAACAGGAGCAACUGGAGACACAGGUGCAAAAGGUGCUCAUGGUGAUUAUAUCCCUGGAAGGCCAGAGAGUGUUAUCUUUGGACUCCCAGGACCACAUGGUCGACCAGGAUCUCUGGGAUUCCCUGGCGAUAGGGGUCCUCCUGGGACUCCAGGACGUAAAGGACAGAAGGGCCCCAUAGGGUUUGUGGGCCUCCCUGGCAAACCAGGUCCUGCUGGUCCCAAUGGUCAUGUUGGAGACCCGGGAGAUGCUGGUCAGCGAGGAUUUACUGGACCACAAGGUACCCCAGGUCCACCCGGUGAUCCAGGUAACGCAGGCCAAAGGGGGGCAUUAAGGUCAGGCUUCCUUUUGGUCGUCCACAGCCAGUCAGUUCAGGUGCCACAGUGCCCUGGAGGCAGCAGUCGGCUCUGGGCGGGCUACAGUCUGGUCUACUUGGAGGGGCAAGAGAAGGCUCACAGUCAAGAUCUGGGCCAGGCUGGCUCCUGCCUCCCUAUUUUCUCCACCAUGCCUUUCUCCUACUGCAACAAAGCCGCCUGUCACUACUCAAGUCGCAACGACAAAUCCUUUUGGCUCUCUACCACCGCUCCAAUACCCAUGAUGCCUCUGGUUGGCCUGGAGAUUAGCUCCCACAUCAGCCGCUGUGCGGUGUGUGAGACAGUUUCGCCUGCGGUGGCUUUUCACAGCCAGGAUCACACAGUCCCUGCAUGCCCAGCUGGCUGGAGGAGUCUGUGGAUGGGGUACUCUUUCCUCUUGCACACAGGGGCAGGUGAUGAGGGUGGUGGCCAGUCUCUGACUUCUUCUGGAAGCUGCCUUAAGGAUUUCCGUACUCACCCCUUCAUAGAGUGUCAGGGUGCACGUGGCUCUUGUCACUACUUUGCCAACCUCUACAGUUUUUGGCUGACCACUGUUAGGGAGACGGAGCAGUUUAUCACCAAGAGGCCUGGCACCAUCAAGGCAGCCGACCAACAGCGACGCAAGGCCAGUCGGUGUCAUGUCUGCCUCAGAGAACAAUAAAGGACCUCCUGUCAUUUUUAGUUAAUGAUUUGAUUUAAGUCAUUCUGUUUUUAAAUCUAAGUCUGAUGAACACUUUGAGUUAUAGAUAGAUUUUAUUCCAUAUACGACCAAAAAUGUGUCUUUGCAUUUAUAUGUUGUUACUUUUAUCUGAUAAGAUGUU